AUGGUGGUGUGCCCAUUAAAGCAAUGGCGAGAGGUGAGUCAGCAAAGGCGAGUCAGAGAAUAUUACAGAGUGAGGACAAGAGUGGAGGUGAUUUCAGUGACAGCUUCUCUCCUCAUCACUCCACUAUUCACAUCUUCAGCUUUGAACAUGCUGCUGCUGCUCCUCCUGCUACUGGCAUCCACUGGUGACGGCCAGGCUCAGCGUGUGGCGGGCAAAAAGAAAAACGAUGCGUGUGCAUGUGAGGUGAACUCCACCAUGUGGUCAUUCCCUGCUGUGAAGUACGAGGCCGUGCUGCAACAGGUUGAAACUUGUGGAGUCACUCUGAACAACCUGCAGGAACAGGUGCAGUUGUCUCAUGAGCGUCUCCCUCAGAUUGAGGCUGUGAUUAAGAAUGUGACAGCUCGGCUGGAGCCUCACCAGUAUUUGCAUAAUCAGGGCCUGUAUUCAGCCUUGUCUCUGCGUCUGCUGGGCCAGGAGCUCAGCCAGCUGGAGACAGACGUCAGUGACAUCCACAGCCAGUUAAACAAUGCCCAAACACAGAAACUCUCCAAAGAGGUGGGUAAACUGCGUACAAAUGUAAACAGGAUGCAAGUGGCAGACAUCAUUAAUAUGAAGUCUGUAAAAGACAAACUGCGCUACUUGAAGAACAGUGUUGAAUCCUGCAAAUCAAUUCCUAAAGAUUUCCGAGGCCAGCACAGGUACUGCCUUAAGGGCCUGAUCACCAACAUCAGCGACCCAGUUGUAACUAAGGCCACUCCAUACGGUAAGAGCUACAUUUCUGGUUCAUGGGGCAAACAGGCUAAGAUGGAAAGCGAAGGCCAGAAGAACAGCUACUGGAUUCAGACUCUCCUCAGCAGCCACAUCUGGGGCAACACCCUGCGUGUAUACCAAACUUAUGAAGACUUUAUAGCCUCUGUCAAGCACAAUGACUUCACUUUUGCGUCAUCGUACACUCAUGCCAAUGCCAUCGAGGGUCCCAGUGCUGUCCUGUAUGGUGAAGCAUUGUACUAUCACUGUUACCGCUCUGCAGAUGUUUGCCGCUAUGACCUGAACAGCAACACCGUCAAACGUGUGACACUUCCAGGUAUUGGUGUGGGUUUCAACAACAAGUUCCCAUAUUGUUACUAUGACUGUCGUACCCAUAGUGAUGUGGAUGUGGAGGCAGAUGAGACAGGACUAUGGGCCAUCUAUGCUACUGUUGGUAAUCAUGGUAAUCUAGUGGUGAGCCGGCUAGCAUGGGACAAUGAAGCUGAGACACUCAAUGUCUCACAGACCUGGGAGACGAGGCUGUUCAAAAAGGCAGUGAGUAAUGCCUUCAUGGUGUGUGGUGUACUGUAUGCCACUCGUUAUGUGGACGAAUACCGUGAGGAGGUGUUCUAUGCCUUCGAUACUGCGACAGGCACACAUGACAGCUCACUAGCACUGCCACUAGAGAAGGUUGUGAAAGGAGUGGCCAGUCUGAGCUACAACCCCACCAACAAGCAGAUCUACAUGUACAAUGAUGGAUAUCUUCUAGCAUACCAGGCCCACUUCUCUACUGUCUAAUACCGCUGUAAUGUACUGCAGUUUCAAUUCAUUGCAUACAAAUCCAUAAGCUUUGCUAACAUAUGUGGUUUGUUAUGAUUUAUAGGGUCAUGUAGUAUACUGUAUGUUGUAGCACAUGUUUGUAAUUCUAUGCUGAAUGGAAUAAAGCUGAAAAAUAAAAGUUUGAUUAUAUAACAUUCUCACAAUAACAAUGCUGGAACCAUGGUCACAUGUUAGUUUAA